GGCCGCCGCGCCAUGUCCUGCUACAUCUACCAGCUGCCCGCCUGGGUGCUGGACGACCUGUGCCGCAACAUGGACACGCUCAGCGAGUGGGACUGGAUGCACUUCGCCUCCUAUGUGAUCACGGACCUGACCCAGCUGCGCAAGAUCAAGUCGAUGGAGCGGGUGCAGGGCGUGAGCAUCACCCGGGAGCUGCUGUGGUGGUGGGGCAUGCGGCAGGCCACCGUCCAGCAGCUGCUCGACCUGCUGCACCGCCUGGAGCUCUACCGCGCUGCCCAGAUCAUCCUGAACUGGAAACCAAUACCUGAAGUCAAGUCCCCUGUGCCAGACUUCCCGGCUGCUGAGAAGUCAGAAAGGCCUUUGGCAGCUCCCCGGAGAAACCCCGAGGAUGGAGCGAAGGAGCAGCCUGUGACGCCAGCCACCUCCCCAGACCCAGGGCCGGAGCCAGCCAGAGCCAACCUCCUGCCUCCUUGUGAAGAUGCCCCGCGGUCCUUAAAAACCCCUCCAUCUAAUUCAAAGAACGUCAGCACCUUCUGGCCUCAGCCGGAAACACUUUUGAGCCUGUCUGAGGACAGUCUCUCCUGGAGAGAAGCAGAUGUGGUCCAAGCAACCAAUAACUUCAACCAAAACCACAAAAUCCAUGAGGGGGCCUUUGCUGACGUCUACAGAGGGCAGAGGCUUGGCACGCCCUUGAUCUUCAAGAAGCUUCAUGAGAUGACCUCAGGUCCAGGAUCAUUGACGAAAUUCUUCCAGGCAGAGGUACAACUUUGUCGUAGAUGCCGCCACCCCAACGUCCUACCUCUGCUGGGCUUCUGCACCGGACAACAGUUCCACAGCUUGAUCUACCCCUACAUGGCCAACGGCUCUUUACAGGACAGACUCCAGGGCCAGGGUGACGCAGACCUCCUGCCCUGGCCCCAGCGGGUGCACAUCUGCUCGGGCCUGCUUCAGGCCGUGGCACACCUGCACGGGCUGGACAUCAUCCACGGCAAUGUCAAGAGCUCCAAUGUUUUGCUGGACCAGAACUUCAUCCCCAAGCUGGCUCAUCCCGUGACUCACCUGUGUCCUGUCAACAAGGGGUCAAAAUGCACAACGAUGAAGACCCGCCUCUUCCAGGCCUCAGUUGCGUAUCUGCCGGAAGAUUUCCUCAGGGUGGGGCAGCUGACCAAGCGCGUGGACGUCUUCAGCUGCGGGAUAGUGCUGGCCGAGGUCCUCACGGGCAUCCCUGCCAUGGAUAACAGCCGAAGCCCAGUCUACCUGAAGGAUUUACUCCUGGGUGAAAUCCCCGGCGGCGGCACCUCGCUCUGCUCCAGGAAGACGGGCGUGGAGAGGGCUGUGGCCAAGGAGAUCUGCCGCAGGUACCUGGAGACGAGGGCAGGCCACCUGCAGGAGGACUGCGCGGAGGCCCUGGCCACGGCCGCCUGCCUCUGCCUGCGGAGACGCAACACCAGCCUGGCCGAGGUGUGUGGCUGGGUGGCCACCGUGGAGGAGCAGCUCGGAGGUCAGGCCGCCUCACUCCCAUGUAGUGAACUCUCUGAGGGCACCGGCUCUUCCUCCAACACCCCAGAAGAAACGGACGACGUGGACCUUUCCAGCCUCGGUGCCUCCUCAUGUGGGGCUGCCCCCCUUCCUCCCCGCACAGAGGAGAGAGAAACAGAGGUGGGAGAAGGGAGGUUGCAGGCUGGUGGGGGAGUGGAGGCCGACUCCUCCUCCGAGGCCUGUGCCAGCGCGAAGCCUUCCCAGGACGAGACUUCAUGGAAAAUCGAGAUCAAUGAGGCCAAAAGGAAACUGAUGGAGAAUAUCCUGCUCUACAAGGAGGAGAAGCUGGACAGCAUCGAGCUUUUCGGCCCCUGAUGACCGUGCGCAGCUGAGACCCCUUGUCCUCAGUUGCAAAGCCCGCCAUCCAGGUACAGGAAGAUCUGAGUCUGAAUCCAGGAUCUCCCAGGAAACACAAACUCGAGAGAAACGAUUUUUGCGUCAUGUCACCUCCUCCACAUUACCAGUGUGAAACUGGGGAGCGGGACCUCAGCUUUUGGAGCCACCAAUCUAUGUGUCUCCUCUGAUUCGUCGGUCAGAGCUGGGUACCGGGAGACUGCAGCGGUAAACCCUGGGAUGUGGGUCCAGGAUGCAGGACGCCUGUGACCUUGACCACCCCAGUGGACACUAUUACCUACUCACCCCCUUGGCAGCUGGCAGAGCCAGCUGGACGCCGACAGCGCUUUCCCAAUUGAAGACCUUUCCAGCAACACCCGGAGACUUCUGUGACCUGAAAGAUUUUCAGUGUGUGUCUUGAUGCAGUUCUUGACUCACCUGCCCAGGUCUCGGGUAUUGCCCAAUGCCAGGCACCUGACAAAGGGCGCUGUAGGUUUUCUGCUUUCUCUUAAUAAGUAGUUCUCUUAGUUAAAUAUUUAUUUAAUGCCUUCAUAGCACCUUUAUCCCCUGCCCCACUAACGCUAAUAUUUUUAAUAGAGCUUUUAUUUUGAGAAUGUGUUUUAUUUAUGGCUAGAGGAAGAGUCAGGAGAACUAGCUUCAUGUCUGAUUCUGCUGCUAAUUAAGUCAGUCAUUUAAUUUCUGGAGUCUGUUUCCUUGUAAGUAAGUACACCUGUUCAGUUGCCUGCUCUGGGCCCCUAGGAGGAGCCGGAGACUCGUCUACAGGAGCACUUUGAAAAUGCACUUGUCCUGUUUUAUCAAAGAAUUAAAAAGGCAUUAAAUGUGUGUUUCUGCCAUGAACCUAACAUUUCUGCGCGGGUCUAUUUCUGAAAAGUGGCAAAUCUUUUUGUGAAACAUGAUACUUUAAAUGCACUGUGUUCUACUUUAGAUAAUCUGAUUAUGGUGAUUUUUUCCUACUACUUGUAAAAUAAAAAUAAAUUGGU